AUGGAUUUUCAAAAUAGACCAGGUUCGAAGGUAGGUAGUGGUGGUGUAGCUGGAUACUCUGAAACCAAUGUAGAUCGACGAGAACGUCUUCGCAAACUUGCGUUAGAGACUAUAGAUUUAAACAAAGAUCCGUAUUUUAUGAAAAAUCAUCUUGGCUCUUAUGAGUGUAAACUUUGUUUAACUUUACAUACCAAUGAAGGUAGUUAUCUUGCUCAUACUCAAGGUAAAAAACAUCAAACCAACCUUGCACGUCGAGCAGCUCGGGAAGCCAAAGAGAACAAUAAUAUUCAACCCGCUUUACAAACUCAAGCUAAAAUUCAAGUGAAAAAAAAUUUGGUUAAAAUUGGUAGACCUGGUUACAAAGUAACUAAAGUUCGUGAUCCAAUUACUAGGCAACUUGGAUUAUUAUUUCAAAUUCAAUAUCCUGAAAUUGGAUUAGAUGUGAUACCUCGUCAUCGGUUCAUGUCAGCUUAUGAACAAAGAAUCGAACCACCAAAUAAAGCACAUCAAUAUUUACUCUUUGCAGCUGAACCAUAUGAAACAAUAGCUUUCAAAGUACAAAGUAAAGAAGUUGAUAAAGGAGAAGGAAAAUUUUUCACACAUUGGGAUCCAGAUUCUAAACAAUUUUCAUUACAAUUCUUUUUCAAGAAUGAUAGACCAGGAAUGUAUUCUGAAGGUAUGCCACCUGGUAUGGAAAGAGCUCCUAUUGCUAAUCCUUUGAAUCCAUACAAUGCACCAGCUAUGAGGGGACCAACUUAUGUGCAUAAUUAG